CUAAAUAUCUUUGAUGUGACCAAUCCAAAAUUUAUUCUCAAUUGAUUAUUCCGGUUCAAUUUCACCAGCCAGCUAAAAUUUACCGUUUUAACGCUCAGUAAAAACUAAAUUACUGCUUAAUGAUGUCUGUUUUACCAUAUUCUGAUGUGGAUUCGAGUUUAAAAGCUUUAGCCGGUCGAGCCGAAGGAUUUGGCCGGUUUGCUAUUGGCGGUCUAAACGGUCCGGUUUACUCUGUCACAACAUUGGCCGAUGAUGGUCCAGGAUCACUUCGUGAUGGAUGUCGUAAGAAACAACCGCUAUGGAUUGUUUUUGAAGUUUCAGGCACCAUUCAUCUCGCGUCUUACCUACGUGUGUCAUCUCAUAAAACUAUCGAUGGUCGUGGCCAAAGGAUAAAACUCACUGGCAAAGGCUUACAACUGAAGGAUUGUGAGCACAUAAUCGUAUGCAAUUUGGAGUUUGAAGGUGGCAGAGGUCAUGACGUUGAUGGUAUUCAAAUAAAACCAAAUUCUAGGCACAUCUGGAUAGACCGCUGUUCUCUUCGUGAUUAUGAUGAUGGGCUAAUCGAUAUAACCAGACAAAGCACAGAUAUCACUAUUUCUAGGUGUUAUUUUGCUCAGCAUGAUAAGACAAUGCUUAUUGGAGCAGACCCGACUCAUGUUGGGGAUAGAUGUAUCAGAGUAACCAUCCACCACUGUUUCUUUGAUGGGACACGACAGAGGCAACCUCGUGUUAGAUUUGGAAAAGUUCAUCUGUACAACAAUUACACUAGAAAUUGGGGUAUAUAUGCUAUUUGUGCCAGCGUAGAAUCACAGAUAUAUUCCCAAUGCAACAUAUAUGAAGCUACACAGAAGAAAAAAGCUUUUGAAUACUACACAGAGAAGGCAGCAGAUAAGGAGGAAGCAAGGACUGGUUUAAUCAGAUCUGAAGGGGACAUGUUUCUAAAUGGAGCUCAGGGAAGUUUGUUAACAGGUGUUGGUGGAGAGUGUGUUUUUCAUCCAAGUGAAUUUUACCCCGUCUGGACACUGGAACCUGCCUCAGACUCCCUCAAAGCUGUUCUCCAAAUUUGCACAGGUUGGCAAUCUAUUCCCCGGCCACAGGAAGAGUGUGUUGGUCAAAUGUAACCUGCAUGCUAGUUUCUUCCAGAGGUUGGAUGUAGCGCUUUAGAUAGGGUUCAUCCGAACCUAGUAACUUCGGCUCAAACCUUGUAUAAGUGUUAAACAGUUCACUAAAUAAUUACAAAUGAUAUAUCUCGAUCCCAGUAAAGCAAAUGGGUUGUGGUACGAUUCUGAGCCCGAGCUCGUAAUGCUCAAAUGUUGGAUCUGCCUCUGGUUUCAUCUAUGAACUGCACUGAGGCUGGGGUAGAUAGAGGAAGAGAAGAUUUGUUGAAUGCUCUUGGGAAUUUAUUGAGGUAGUAAAUUAUGUUUCAGAAGGAUCUGUCUUAAAUCUAGCCUCUCUCUCUAUAUGUAGUGUAAUAUAUGUGCUUUCCUCGGUUCUCAUCUUUUCAAACUUCAGUGAAACUUAUUGUCCUAUAUUUCGUAUAUAAGAAUAUCAAAGUAUGGUUAAUACAAAUUGAACAUCAUUGUAUCAAUUUGCAGGUGCUUUAUAUGAUUUUGGCCAAACCGCCAAAGGCUUUGAUUUUUAUCAAACUAUUUAAUGUGACUUCUUGA